UUGCUGAUGGUCCAAAUUGGCCCCAUAGAAAUUCAGGUUAGUGAAAGAAAUGUUUUGAUAACGUUGUAAAUCACUGAGAUUCACUAGCAUUUGUGAGUCUUGAACUGUGGACAGGCCAGUUCAGCGUUGGAGUGUUGUUGCAUUGAAAACCACUAGGGGGCAGAGUCAGUCUGUUAUCUGGUGCACUGGACAGCCGUGGAAUCUCCACACUGUUGCAGGAGAAAUCUCUUUUCCCCCUUUUGUUCUAAAGUCAGAAACAGGCAGUGUUCCAUGCUGAGGUCUGAUUGUGAUUUUAUCUCAGAACCUUUUGCAUGAUUCAAACUUUACUUGAAGGCCACCACCCGAGGACCAACACGUGAAACCGAACUCUUCCAUAACCCUUUUUUUUUCCUACCAUCUUCUGUAUGCGAAGUCAUAUCCUUUGCUGCAACAUUUCUCUCUGCAGCUUCCAUGGAAAAAUAAAAUAAAAAAAGAAUAAAAAAAAAAUCAACUUCCCCAAAUGUUGUUGUGAAACGACUUCCUGUGCCCCCGUGGGUAUUCCCUAACAGCGACAUGUCUCAUAUGAUGCAUUGUGACCUUCUCGUUUUAGGUUGCUGAAACCCCAUCAUGGACAAAAAGGACGACCAGAGUCACCCGAAAAUAAGCAACCCAGAGAAAAGCUCUGCGAAGCAGCCUCUCACGACCUGCCUGUUCAGCGCAGCCUUCUUCGGGGCCCUGGGCUCAUCCUUUCUUUAUGGCUACAACCUCUCGGUGGUCAAUGCGCCUGCUUUGUACAUUAAAGCUUUCUACAAUAAGACCUGGAUUGAGAGAUAUGGGGAACCUAUUCCUCCAGAGACAUCAACUCUUCUGUGGUCCAUAACUGUGUCCAUAUUUGCCAUCGGGGGACUUCUUGGAGCUCUGUCAGUCUCGUUCUUUAUAAAGGUAGUAGGACGAAAGGGAACCUUGCUGCUGAACAACUGCUUUGCUGUGAUAGCUGCUCUGUUGCUGUCACUGGGCGAGAUGUCAAGAUCUUUUGAGAUGCUCAUCAUUGGCCGCAUCAUUAUGGGGGUGAACUCGGGUAUAUCUCUCAGUGCCCUCCCCAUGUACCUGGGAGAGAUUUCCCCAAAACAUAUCAGAGGGUCCAUCGGCCAGUUCAACUCCAUCCUGAUCUGCUUGGGAGUGUUCACAGGACAGGUGCUGGGUCUGCCCGAGCUCUUGGGUCAGGAGUCCAGGUGGAACCACCUGUUUUCUUUCCUGGCAUUUCCGGCCGUGCUGCAGCUGUGUGUCCUACCCUUCCUUCCUGAAAGUCCCCGGUACCUGCUGAUGGAGAGGAAGGAUGAGGCGGGAGCAGAACGAGCUUUUCAGAGGUUUUUGGGGAAGACAGAUGUAUCCCAGGAGCUGGAAGAGGUCCACGCGGAGGCGCGGGCUCAGGACAACCUGAACACGGUCUCGGUGUUACAGCUGCUGAGGAGCCCAGCUGUUCGCUGGCAGCUUAUCACCAUCAUCAUCACCAUGGCCUGCUAUCAGCUCUGUGGUCUCAAUGCUAUCUGGUACUACACUAAUGGGAUCCUACGGGAUGCCGGCUUUGCAGAGCACUUACUGCCCUACAUCACACUGAGCACGGGGGCUACAGAGACCCUGGCCGCAAUCAUCUCAGGUCUGGUGAUUGAGCGAAUCGGUAGACGACCCCUUCUCAUAUUUGGUUUCUCAUCCAUGGCAGUAUUCUUCAGCCUGCUCACAGUUUUCCUCAACUUCCAGGACAGUGUGUCAUGGGUGCCAUACCUCAGUUACAUCUGUAUACUGGCUGUUAUUGCAGGCUUUUGCUCAGGACCAGGUGGCAUCCCAUUUAUCCUAACUGGGGAGCUGUUUGAACAGUCCUACAGACCUGCAGCUUUCAUGAUUGCUGGGACUGUAAACUGGUUGUCCAACUUUGCUGUUGGCCUCUUAUUUCCCUUCAUUCAAGAAAAGUUGCAGUCUUUUGCCUUCAUGGUGUUUGUGGUGGUCUGCACCUUGGGGUCCAUCUACCUCUGCGCUGUCCUCCCCGAAACCAAAAACAAAACCUUCAUGGACAUCAGCCAGAGCUUUGCUAAAAUCAACAAAAUACCAGUAGCUUCACCUGGCAAGGAGUUGGAACUGGUCCUAUCCAUUAAGCCCGAGACGAACACGGAGGCACAAGACAUCGCAAAGAUGGAGAGCUCCUUCUAGGUUAACAAGCUAAUUACGGAAAAGGCACGGUCAAAAUAAAAAAAAGGAAAAAGUUAUUUUUUUAUAUUUAUUUGAAGUCAUCACCAAAUGAAACUGAAAUGUAUACUUUUUGUACAUUUCGUGGGACUGAAACGUUCAAGAAUACUACAGUGUUAGAGCAUUUUCUAUCUCCUGAUGAAUGAGAUUCAUGCCUUGGCAAAAGGCACAAGCUGGAAGAAAUUUCCACUACAUUAAAAGGGAUAAUAAAAAUUGAACAUAAACAUUUCCGAAAACCUUUCUUUGUUUAUUUUGGUAAAACCAGAAUGUAAAGAUCCUAUGUUGUAACAUACAGUUCUGUUCAAGAGUAAUAGUAGUGUGUCUAAAUGCAACAAAAAAAAAAUGCGUUUAGACACACUGCAUAAUCUAUUUCAAAGCAAAACAUGAAGGGAAAUGUGUGACAUAUGGGAUUGCUCUACAUAAAGUGGAUAACAAGGAAUAUUGAGCUGUUUUAAAAAAAAAAGCAAUGUCUGCAAAUCCAUUUUGAUAAAUCUACCAGGUAACCUGAAGGAGUUCAAAGGUGUUGUUUUUCUGGGAAACUCAGCACUAGUAAUUGUAUAACCAUUGUUUCUGAGAACUACCUCACAUGUUGCAUGGAGUCAACCAUUUUCUGGCACCUGUGAUCAGGUAUUCCAGCCCAGGACAACUGGACUACCCUGUUCCUCUGCACCUCUUGCUUUUGCCUCGUAAUCCACAUGUUUGAUGUCAGCCCUUGGAUUUAGUUUGCCACUCCUUAAUGGACAUGUGGUUGUCUGGAAGAAAGAUGCUGCUGUCUUACUGGUGUGUUUUUGAAGAAAAAAAAAACAAUUUCGACAACACAAAAGAGAAGUAUACACCUUUUUUGAACACCUUGAAACGAUCAUUGUUGAGUGUUUACUAUUUUGUGCCUUCUAUGAUCCAUUUAAAAGAUAGCUUUCUGCUUUUGUCGUUCCCCCUAAGGGUUUGGUUUCCAUUUGAAAUUAUUUUAACUGAGCAAUCUUUCGUUUUCUACACUUCAUUGAAAUUUUUCCCCCUCUACAAUCAAUUCUUCGUAAAGUACAAUGUUCUUUUGAAUGUUCUUGUGAAAGAACCCAUUACUCAGUUUUUCGUAAAACGAAUGCAAUAUAGCCAGCAUGUCCAGCGUUCGCUGUCUUCGUCCUUCACUAAGGGUCACUUGUUUUACACCUCUUUGUUCACCGAAUGAAUGAGGACCCCUGAUUGAGCCCCUUUCCAUUAUUGAUUAAGAGCCACAUGUAUGUCUGUAACAUUGAGUACAGACAUACAUAAAUCUAAAAGGGGUCAUUCAUCUAAAAUCCCUACUAGUUCAUUAUUUGCCAUGUAGAAAGAAUUUCUAUCAAAAACUGAUUGAUCUGUUUACAGCAAGCUACGAACAUAAAAAAACCCAAAAAUGUAUAAAAUGUCUUAUCAAGCCAGAUUUUGUAUGUUUUAGACUGCCUGUAUAAUAUUGCUGUACAACAUUGUAUCUUUGGAUAAUUUUUCAUUAAUUUAGAGAAAUGAUGAUGAUCUUACUGUUUAAUUCUUUGCUAAUAAAAAUAUAUUUUUAUGAUACUA